GCUUAGAAACGAACUUUUUGAUAACUAUCAAUUUUUUUUUUCAAGGUUAUUAAAAUGUUCAAUGCAAGUAGAGGAAUUUUCAGAUUACAAUCUAAAUUUGUUGGAAUCUUACGAUUAGGACAUGUGACAACUAGCCAAUACUCAACUCUACCUAUUGACGAUGAAAUAUUUGGACUUAGUGAGGAUCAAAGACAAUUAAGACAAACUGUUUCAAAUUUUUUCAAAGAAGAACUUGCUCCACUAGCGGACAAAAUUGAUAAAGAAGAUGAUUUUCCAGGCCGAAGACAAUUUUGGAAAAAGUUAGGAGAAAUGGGUCUUCUUGGUGUCACAGCACCUGUGGAGUAUGGUGGAACUGGCCUUGAUAUUUUGGAUCAAUUAGUAAUCAUGGAAGAACUUUCUAGAGUAUCAGCUGCACUUGGAUUAAGUUGGGGUGCCCAUGCAGAUUUGUGCUUGAACCAAAUUGUGAGAAAUGGAACUGAUGAACAGAAAGCCAAAUAUCUCCCAAAGCUUAUUUCAGGAGAACAUAUUGGUGCUUUAGCUAUGAGCGAAUCUGGCUCUGGAUCAGAUGUCCUUUCAAUGCAACUUAAAGCUGAAAGAGAAGGCGAUUACUACAUUCUCAAUGGCAAUAAGUUUUGGAUAACCAAUGCUCCAGAUGCUGAUAUUACAAUAGUAUAUGCAAAGACUGAUCUCACAGUGGCACCAUCAAGAGGUGUUACAGCUUUUAUCAUAGAAGACGAGUUUGAAGGAUUUUCAAAGGGUCCUAAACUUGACAAAUUAGGUAUGAGAGGUUCAAAUACAGGGGAAUUAAUAUUUGAAAAUUGCAAAGUGCCAGUUGAAAACGUGUUGGGUGGAGUCGGAAAAGGAGUUCGCGUCCUCAUGAACGGACUUGAUAUUGAAAGACUUGGUGCUGCAGCUGGUCCAAUAGGAAUAAUGCAGGCUGUUAUGGACCAUACAGUGCCUUACUUGCAUGAAAGAAAACAAUUUGGCAAAAGGAUCGGAGAAUUUCAACUCAUGCAAGCCAAGAUGGCAGAUAUGUACACCAGACUUAGCUCAUCUCGUUGUUAUCUCUAUAACCUUGCACGAGCUUAUGGACAAGGAUAUCGGAACAGUAGAGAUUGUGCUGCAGUUGUUUUACAUGCAGCCGAACUUGCAACACAAGUUGCACUUGACGGCAUUCAAUGCCUUGGAGGAAACGGAUAUAUCAAUGACUACCCUAUGGGUAGAUUUUUAAGAGAUGCCAAAAUUUAUGAAAUAGGAGCCGGAACAAGUCAGAUUCGACGAUUAAUAAUUGGUCGCUCCUUCAAUGAUGCCUUUCCAAAGUGAAAUUUUUCCAAUUUGUAAGAUGCUGCAAUAGAUUCUGUUUGAAUCUAAAUGUUCAUUCAAAUUAUAUGUAUCUUUUCUCGAAACUGUAUAUUGAAUAUAUAUCUGCCUCUUUAUAUAUUUAGUUCACUCUUGAUUUGAUUCAAAAGAAUUCAUAUAUUAAAUCUAAUCACUAUUAUUAUCCAUAACGAUUUCGCAUAGAAAUGUUUCAUUGAUUUUGUAUCCACACGUUUCAUUAAAUGAAAUUAUUUUGUGAUCAGUUGUGGAGAACAACAUAGCUACUUACUACUUUUGACUCAUCAGAAAAAAUAUGAAUGAAGUACCACACCAUCUUUUUAUUGUGCAUUUACUAGAGCAGUAGAAUACUACCGUACAAUACAAAACCAAUUUGCUUGGUGACUGCAACUGUUCUAUAAGAAUCAAAAGUUGCUUAUGAAUUUUAUCGAAAGCAAUAUUAAUUACCUCAAUGAUCUGCUGAAAGUAUCCAAUUCCCAACCAGAUGAACAGUGUGGAAAUAAGAGGUUAAAUGUUAUUGAUAGUGAUAUUAUGCAAAAAUAAUUAUGCACUUAUUUGUUCUGUUUAAUUUUGAUACCAAUUAUUGUUACAGAGCUUAAAUUAGUG